AUGGGAAUAGAUGAUUCGCUUUGGUCAUCAUUGGAAUCAAUGAUUUCAAAUUUAUUAUCACCACAUUGUUAUAAUGAAUUGGUAAUAAAGCAACACUUUUUUGACUUCGGAUGUAACAAAAUGCUAUUAAGUAAAAUGCUUGGUUAUGCUAUAUUAGUUGGCUCGUUACUUGUUAAAUUUCCUCAAAUUGUUAAAAUAAAAUGGAAUAAAUCAGGUGUUGGUGUAAGUAUUUUAGCUGAAACAAUUAUGCUAGCAGCAAUAUUUGGAUCAAUGGCUUAUGGUUAUACAUCAGAAUUUCCACUAUCUGCUUAUGGAGAUUCAUAUUUUCUAUUUAUACAAACAAUAUUAGUUAUUUUAUUGGUACUUUAUUAUCAAAGAAAAUAUGGAUUGGCUUUUAUUUAUUUAGUUUUAUGUGGUUUUUUUACCGUAUUAAUGUAUAAAAAACGACUUCCGGCUCAUAUAGUUGGCAUAUUGGCUGGUCUAUCUCUUGUAUUAAGUUUAAUAAGUCGUCUUUGGCAAUCGUUUUGCAUAUAUCAAGCAAAAUCAACCGGAAAUCUUUCUGCGAUCACAAUGCUAAUGUUAUUUUUCGGUUCUCUCGCACGAAUUUUUACGUCAAUUGAAGAAACAGGAGAUCGAACACUUAUUUGGACAUAUAUAUUGAAUACAUUUGCUAAUUUUCUAUUGAUACUUCAAUUAGGAUACUAUUGGUCAGCUCCUGUUCCAGUUUUAGAACCAACUAAAAAAGCUCAAUAA